AUGUCUUUCCUCGGUGGCCCAGAGUGCUCGACCGGGAGCAACCCGCUCAGUCAGUUCACCAAGCACGUCCAUGAUGACAAGUCACUCCAGCGUGACAGGUUGGUGGGGCGGGGUCCAGGGCUGCAGGAGGGGAUGAGGACGCAGACGGGAGGUCCUGGAGGGGAUCAGAUGUUAGACGAAUUCGCCCAGCAACCCUCACAACUGCCACAUGGCCCUGGCCCCGCUUCUCCAUUCGCCAUGGAGCAGAUGCGGCGAGAAUUGGAACGAGCCCACGGCGGCGGUUCCCCUGCGUGGGCAGCUGAGUUCGAUCCUGGGGUGGAAGCACCGCAGCAUAUGGAUGCAGGCUUCCACGGCCCCGGAUUCAACCCCGCCGAGUUCGCGAAAUACCAGCAGAUGAACUCGAGCCCGGUCGCGCACACAUCUAGCGCGGGCGUCUCCGCUGCCCCGUCGAUGAUGAACCAGAGUCCGAUGGGCUACGGUAUGGGCGGUAUGGGCAUGAGCGGUAUGGGUAUGGGCAUGGGUAUGGGCGGCAUGGGCAUGAUGGGCGGACAGUACAACCAGAUGGGAUACCAACAACCGCAACAACCUCAGCAGGCCGAAGGGAAGGGCAAGGCACGGAUGGUCGAGCUUGACGACCAAGAUUGGGAGGCACAAUUCGCAUCUCUCGAUGCCCCGCAAACGGAAGAAGAUGUGGACGAGCAGGCUCGAAGAGACAUAGAGCGAGAGUUGGGAGAUCUAGACAGGUCAGUCCCCCAAAAUCAAGACCCUAUCAACGAGACGGACGCGUUUGAGGAUUUUGAAUCCAUCUGGCGAGGCAUAAAAGCUGAAACGGCGCACGCCAGGGCGCUCGUGGACGAAGAGAACACGUUUCCCUCGGAACUGAAUAUGGACGGGUUGGAUCAGUGGGAUAGCUUCGAUGGUCUGAACACCCAUUCCUCCCUGCGAGAUCCACAGUUGGGCGAAUAUCUAUUCGAGGAACACAAUCCGUUCGAAUCGCACGUGGAUCCAUUUGCGGAGGGGAUGGAUAUUAUGGACAACGGUGGGAACCUCAGUCUUGCCGCGCUUGCAUUCGAAGCUGCCGUCCAACGGAACGCAGAUCACGUUGAUGCGUGGGUUAAGUUAGGGACCGCGCAAGCCCAGAACGAAAAGGAAUCGCCGGCGAUUCGAGCUCUGGAACGGGCACUCACAUUGGAUCCAUCCAAGCUUGAAGCGCUCAUGGGACUGGCGGUCUCCUACACCAACGAAGGUUACGACAGCACCGCAUACCGGACCUUGGAGCGCUGGAUCUCUGUUCGAUAUCCCGCCCUAAUCACUGGACCCCUCGACUCCGGCACCGACCUCGGCUUCACCGACCGCCACCAACUUCACGAAAAGGUGACCGAUCUAUUCAUCCGCGCCGCCCAGAUGUCUCCCGAAGGCGAGCAGAUGGACCCCGAUGUCCAAGUCGGCCUCGGCGUGCUCUUCUACGGCGCCGAAGAGUACGACAAAGCCGUCGACUGCUUCAGCGCCGCGCUCGCCAGCACCGAAGCCGGCACCACCAACCAGGAAAGCACCCUGCACCUCCUCUGGAACCGUCUCGGCGCCACGCUGGCCAACAGCGGCCGCAGCGAAGAGGCCAUCCAAGCCUACGAGCGCGCCCUCUCGCUCCGACCAAACUUCGUCCGUGCCCGGUACAAUCUCGGCGUUUCGUGCAUCAACAUCGGAUGCUACGAGGAGGCCGCGCAGCACCUGCUGGGCGCCCUGGCGAUGCACCGCGUCGUCGAGCGCGAGAGUCGCGAGAAGGCGAAGGAGCUGAUCAGCUCGGCGGGCGGCGACGGCGGCGACGGGGCGAACAUUAGCGAUGCGGACGUGGAUCGGAUUUUGCUGCAGAACCAGAGCACGAACCUGUACGAUACCCUGCGACGCGUGUUCAGCCAGAUGGGACGGCGGGAUUUGAGCGACAUCGUUGGACCGGAGAUGGACGUCGACCGGUUUCGGGGGGAGUUUGAAUUCUGA